AAGUACCUUGAUGUGUUAGAAGUGGCUGAUAAGUUGGUCAGAUUCAGCGAGCAUGAUCCGGUUCAGUCCAGUUUCCAUGGCAGUGAUGUCAUAAGCAGUAUUGACAGUUUUUCCACUUUUCGAAUGGAGUUCAAUCCAUUGAUGCAACGAAAAGGUAUGGACUCCCCGUUUCUGCUGUACAGGAUCGAGUUGAAUUCAUCUAAUCUCGCAGGGCCUACCCACGCCUACGAGUAUGGAGAGCCUGCGCAUGAGGUUUCAUGCACAUCGACUCAGCCAUUCAAGGCUCGCAUUCAAAUGACUGGGAGCUUCCGAUAUCCAUUGCCUGAUUACCAAUAG